GCGCGCCAUCAGGAGAGGGCGAAUAAUUCCCCUUCGGCCGGUUUGUAGACUUUCUUCGUCAAGAGGGGGAGGGCUGCUAAAAACAUGUGCACGUCUUGUGAAAGAUUGAACCUAUGGGAUGAGUAUCGCUACAAACUUUUGGAUGAUGAGGAGAAGCAUUUCUUGGUGCUUAUGUUGGGUGAUUUCCGAGAUGCAAUGAUAUUCCCAGAAGAACUUGUGUGGCGUUUUAAAUGUGAGAUCCCAGGAGAGAUCAAGCUAGUAAGCCGAAAAGGUUACAGUCACGCUAUUGUGGUUGCCAAGAACCAAGAAAAGCUUGUCUUUACAGUGGGUUGGAGGCAGUUUGUUGGACAGUAUGAUCUACAGAUGGGUGAUUCCUUAAUAUUAAAAUACAAUGGGAACUGCCAGUUUGAUGUCAUAAUCUUUGAUAAGCUUGGCCGUGAAAAAGCAUUGUCGGUUGUCGUGGAUCCUUUUUUGCCGCAGGUCCAAGAAAAUCCCAACAAGGCACAUGAAAUCGGAUCUUCUAAAAAUAUAGAUGUGCCCUCUGAAAGAUACAAAAGCUGGACUGAUUAUCACUACACAAACUUGGAUGAUGAAAAGAAAUAUUUCUUAAUGGUUAUGAUGGGCAAUUUUCAACAUGAGAUGAUCAUCCCGGAAGAAUUUAUUCGGCGUUUCAAGGGCGAGUUCCCAAGAGAGAUGAUACUUGAAACAAAAAAUCGUUGCAGUUACAUUAUUGCAGUUGCCAAGAACCAAGAAAAGCUUGUCCUUACAGUGGGAUGGGGCAUAUUCGUUAAAACCUUUGGUCUAGAGAUGGGUGACACCAUAGUAUUCAGAUACAAUGGAAACUCCCAGUUUAGUGCCAUAAUCUUUGAUACACUUGGCUAUGAGAAGGCACUUUCAGUUGUGGAUCUUUUUCCGCCUCUUGUGCAAGAAAGGCGCACAACUGUGAAAAGUUCUCAUUUACAUCCUCAACCCAUACAAAUGGUACUGCCAGAGUCACCACCAACGAAAAGGCAGCGACGCAUCCAAAUGGAAGUGUACGAGCCAUGUGAAGGCAAAAUCACUGCAAUAAAUAUUUCCUCCGCCGAGCCAUCUGGAGAGUCUUUCUCCUCUGAAGAUAACCAUGGAACACGUGAUGUGCCUGGUUACAAUUACAUUCUCAGGAAGAAGAAGGCCAAUCUAUCUUCAUUUCUUUUUGAAGGAGAUUCUUUCUCCUCUGAAGAUGGCCAUGGAGGACGUGAUGCCAUUGUCAAGAAGGCGGCAAAAUUAACUUCAGCUCAGAAGGAGCAGUUGAAGGAUGGUUACAUCACCGUGCACAAGACCAAACUAACUUCAGCUCAGAAGGAAGUGGUGAAGCAGAAGGUCCAAUCUAUACACUCAGAGAUCCCCAUCUUUGUCGCGGUUGAAUAA